AUCUUUGAGCUCAGCCAGGGGGCAGAGCGCAAGGCUCAGUUCAUUGAAGAUGGCUCGGUCCCAGGAUGAUCAGUGGCUGGUCCUUGCGCUCUGGAAGAAGAUGGGCAGCAAUGUCGGAAUCUACACGACCGAGGCCUUGGAGAGGACCUUCGUGGCUUUCCCCUCCACCAAAACCUACUUCCCACACUUGGACCUGAGGCCAGGCUCUAGCCAGGUUAAAGCCCAUGCCCAAAAGGUGGCCGAUGCACUGACUCUCGCUACCCAGCACCUGGACGACCUGCCUGCUUCUCUGUCUGCUCUCAGUGAUCUACAUGCGCACAAGCUCUGUGUGGACCCUGCUAACUUCCAGUUCUUCAGCUGCUGUCUGCUGGUGACUCUCGCCAGGCACUAUCCUGGAGACUUCAGCGGCGAAAAAGAUGCAUGUCUCCUUGGACACGUGUCUGGGUCAUGUGACUUUUGCACUGGACUUCAAGUAAUGCUGAAUUGAGGAAGCAGGGCAGCUUAUUCUCCAGUCAUGCCCUUCCUAAAGCUUACAAUGUUUGAGUAAACUUCCCCAGGGCUGCAUUGCCUCUGUGCAUGUGUGCCUGGUGUGUGAUGCUGCUGU